UCGGAACGCCUCUGCCGCCGCGGCGAGCGUGACUCGCCGGUGCCGCCGCGCCGGAGCCGCGCUGGGGCCGCCGCUCGCCCGGGGACCGGCCGCCGCUUCCCCGCGGCUCCGCCAGCGCCGGCCGGCCCGGGGGAUGCCGCCGAGGACGGGCCCGGCGGCCUGAGGCGAGGGCACGGUGCCGAGCCCCGCGUCCCACCGCGUCCCGUCCCCGCAGCGCCGCGGCGGCGGGCGCAGCCCGGGGCGGCAGGAUCCAGGCAGGCGGCGGGGGACGGCUCCCGGCCCCCUCCUCGGCGCAGCGGGCUCCGCUCAGGUGCUGAAGAGGCGGCGUGCCCGCCCCCGUGCCCCACCAUGCCGUCCAGCGGGACCCUGGACGCCGGCAGCCCCGCGCCCAGCCGCGAGGCGCUCGACACGCACAAGGGGGAAGAGGAGCCCGAGGAGACCCCGAGCAAGGAGGAGAAGCAGGAGCCGGGGACGCCCGUGAGGAAGGCGGGGCGGCCGGGGAGGAAGCGCAAGCACGCCCAGCAGGCGGAGAGCAGCGACACGCCCAAGGACAGCGCGGCCGUGCCCAAGUGCCCCCCGGCGUGCCCCGAGGCCACUCCUGCCGAGCUGCCCAACGGGGACGCGGAGGGGGACGCGGAGGAGGGCGGCACCAGCCCCAAGGGCAGCAGCCGGCCCGAGGAGGACGAGAGCGAGAGCCUGGCGGACGGGGAGACGGGCCGGGCGCUGGAGAACGGCCGCUGCACCCCCAAGGAGGGGCUGGACGCCCCGGGCGAUGAGGGGGAGCUGGCCCCCAACGACCCCCAGAAGAAACGCGGCAGGAGGAAACUCCUGGAGGCCACGGAGAAAGGCAAGGACGAGAAGGAGGAGAACAACUUCGACAGCCUGAAAAUGGAGGGCUCGCGCGGGCGGCUCCGGGGCGGGCUGGGCUGGGAGUCCAGCCUGCGGCAGCGGCCCAUGCAGCGGCACACCUUCCAGGCCGGGGACCCCUACUACAUCAGCAAGAGGAAACGGGACGAGUGGCUGGCACGCUGGAAGCGCGAGGCGGAAAAGAAGGCCAAGGUGAUCGCCGUGAUGAACGUGGUGGAGGAGCCGGCGCGGGCCGAGGCGCAGAAGGAGGAGGAGGCCAGCCCGCCGCCCGGCCCGCAGCAGCCCACCGACCCCGCCUCGCCCAGCGUGGCCACCACGCCCGAGCCCGCCGUGGCCGAGGCGGGCGACAAGAACGCCUCCAAAUCGGCGGACGACGAGCCCGAGUACGAGGACGGGCGCGGCUUCGGCAUCGGCGAGCUGGUGUGGGGCAAGCUGCGCGGCUUCUCCUGGUGGCCCGGCCGCAUCGUGUCCUGGUGGAUGACCGGCCGGAGCCGCGCCGCCGAGGGCACCCGCUGGGUGAUGUGGUUCGGCGACGGCAAGUUCUCGGUGGUGUGCGUGGAGAAGCUGCUGCCCCUGAGCUCCUUUGCCAGCGCCUUCCACCAGGCCACCUACAACAAGCAGCCCAUGUACCGCAAGGCCAUCUACGAGGUGCUGCAGGUGGCCAGCAGCCGGGCCGGGAAGAUCUUCCCCGCGUGCCCCGAGAACGACGAGACAGACACGUCCAAGGUGGUGGAGAUCCAGAACAAGCAGAUGAUCGAGUGGGCCCUGGGCGGCUUCCAGCCCUCCGGCCCCAAGGGGCUGGAGCCCCCCGAAGAGGAGAGGAACCCUUACAAAGAAGUUUACACGGAGAUGUGGGUGGAGCCCGAAGCAGCCGCCUACGCACCACCCCCACCCGCCAAAAAACCCCGGAAAAGCACAACCCAGGAGAAGCCCAAGGUCAAGGAAAUCAUCGACGAGCGCACCCGAGAGCGGCUGGUGUACGAGGUCCGGCAGAAGUGCAGGAACAUCGAAGACAUCUGCAUCUCCUGUGGGAGCCUCAAUGUGACCCUGGAGCACCCUCUGUUCAUCGGGGGCAUGUGCCAAAACUGCAAGAACUGCUUUCUGGAGUGUGCAUACCAGUACGACGACGAUGGCUACCAGUCCUACUGCACCAUCUGCUGCGGCGGCCGCGAGGUGCUCAUGUGUGGCAACAACAACUGCUGCAGGUGCUUCUGUGUGGAGUGCGUGGACCUGCUGGUGGGCCCGGGGGCGGCGCAGGCGGCCAUCAAGGAGGACCCCUGGAACUGCUACAUGUGCGGCCACAAGGGCGUCUACGGGCUGCUGCGGCGGCGGGAGGACUGGCCCUCGCGCCUCCAGAUGUUCUUCGCCAACAACCACGACCAGGAGUUUGACCCACCCAAGGUGUACCCGCCCGUGCCAGCUGAGAAGAGGAAGCCCAUCCGGGUGCUCUCGCUCUUUGAUGGCAUCGCCACAGGCUUGCUGGUGCUGAAGGACCUGGGCAUCCAGGUGGACAGGUACAUUGCCUCUGAGGUGUGUGAGGACUCCAUCACUGUGGGCAUGGUGAGGCACCAGGGCAAGAUCAUGUACGUCGGGGACGUCCGCAAUGUCACCCAGAAACACAUACAGGAGUGGGGCCCCUUCGACCUGGUGAUUGGGGGGAGCCCCUGCAAUGACCUGUCCAUCGUCAACCCGGCCAGGAAGGGUCUCUACGAGGGCACUGGGCGCCUCUUCUUCGAGUUCUACCGGCUGCUCCACGAAGCCCGGCCCAAGGAGGGUGACGACCGGCCCUUCUUCUGGCUCUUUGAGAACGUGGUGGCCAUGGGGGUGAGCGACAAGAGGGACAUCUCGCGCUUCCUGGAGUCCAAUCCCGUCAUGAUUGAUGCCAAAGAAGUGUCUGCAGCGCACCGGGCACGGUACUUCUGGGGGAACCUGCCCGGCAUGAACAGGCCGCUCGCAUCCACCGUCAACGAUAAGCUGGAGCUGCAGGAGUGCCUGGAGCACGGCAGGAUAGCAAAGUUCAGCAAAGUGCGAACCAUCACCACUCGCUCCAACUCCAUCAAGCAGGGCAAGGACCAGCACUUCCCCGUGUUCAUGAACGAGAAGGAGGACAUCCUGUGGUGCACGGAGAUGGAGAGGGUCUUCGGCUUCCCCGUGCACUACACGGACGUGUCCAACAUGAGCCGCCUGGCCCGGCAGAGACUGCUCGGCAGGUCCUGGAGCGUGCCGGUCAUCCGCCACCUCUUCGCGCCCCUGAAGGAAUACUUUGCCUGCGUCUAGAGAUGGGCAGGGACUGGUCACACGGAGCGAGUCGGAAACAAACCCAUCCACGCCAAGAGAAGUGAACACACGGAAUGAGAGAAGAGUCAGCACCCAGAAGAGACGGGAUUUCGCAGCCCGACGGGAACCCAGCACACGUCUCCCCCAGCGAAAGGGGUCGGUGUCCUCUCCAGAAUUUCCCAGGAUCAGCUUUAGCUAUUUAAAAACAAACAGAAACCACAAGAAGCAAACAAACAACGAAGCCGGCGAAAGCAAACAAACGACGACGAAACAGAAGAAGAAAAAAAAAAAAAAAAAAAAAGAGAAAAAGAGAAGAAACCAAAACCAUUUUUUUUUGGGUAACCUUUUAAUUUUCCGCUCUUUUCUGGCUGGGUUUUCCUGUCGGUUCGGUUUCCACUUCUCGGAGCGGCGGGCGAGACGAGACGCCGUCGGCAGCGCCGCUCCGGAGAGGGGGAAACGGCAGCGGGAAAGGCCAGGCGGGAGGGAGGCGGGGGCGAGGAGACCCGCUCUGCUCUGCUCCGAGAGCCGCUGCGACACCGCUGCGCCCGCCAGCGCCCGGCCGGCCCGGCCCCGGCUGCGGCAGCUGAGCCUCGCUCUGUUCCACCAGCACCGCUCUCCGGUGACACGGAGCCAACCCGGCAGGGAGGCCGGGAACACACACACCACACACACACCUUUUCUACAGUAUUUUGGGUGCCUACCACACGGAAACCUUGAAGAGAGCAGAUCCUAGAAGCCGCUGUUACCUCUUGUUUACAGUUUAUAUAUAUAUGAUAGAUAUGAGAUAUAGAUAUAUAUAUAUAUAAAAGGUACUGUUACUACUGUACAACCUGACUUCAUAAUGGUGCUUUACACAGCGGGGUGAGUCGAGACAUCAGCUUCCACGUUGCCUUACGUGCCGGGCCUUUCCGAGCGAGCGGCAGGGCCGGGGCGGCCGGGCGGAAGCGUCUCCAUCCCGAGUCAUGCAAUAACCUUUUACGUCCCCGAAAGGAAGCGCCUCGGCGGUGCCCCCUGCCCCGCCGGCGCCGCCCCGCAGCGUACUGGUGCUCUUCUGCGUACGUGGUGUCCGCCAGGGCCGCCGCCGGCUGUCCCGGCGCCCCGGCAGCGCCCGUGCCCCUCGCUGCCCGCCGGGGCGGCGCGGGCACGGCGCUGCCGUGGGCGGGCUCUGGCCGAGGGCGGUGGCGGGGACGCCGGCGGGGCAGGGGGGACGGAGCGGCGGCGGUGCCGGAGCGCGGCCGGGGCGUUUCCGGCAUGGCACGGGGGGGACGGCCGAUGGCCGCGGCGCCGGACCCUGGUGCUACAUCCGCGGGGCCGGGCUGGCGGCAGGGGGGCGAUGCCCCGGCGAGCCGGGACGGGACCCGGCGGUGUCGCCGCGGCCGCCGGGCCAUGGCUCCCCUGCCCGCGCCGCGGUUCGGAGCGAGCGCGUCCCGCGGGGCACGGCGGCGGUGUCGGUGUGGCAGAGCGCGGGCAGGUGCUGGCAGUGCGGCGCUGGAUGGUGCUACAGGUGCCCGGCCGUGGCCGGAGCCGGCGGGGCAGGGACUGGUGCUAGGGCCGGGUCUGGCCCGUCGCUGUCCCCUCUCUAACUGUGAAAGGCGCGGGCUCUGGGCCGCGCUCGCUGCGGGGUGCUGGCUAAUGGCAGCGAGCCGCGGCGCUCUGAGGUGCUGGGACCGACGGGGCGGCCGAGGGGCCCCCAGCUCCCCUCCCUCCUGGUGCUACUGGGGGCCUGGGGGCCCCUCUGGGUGCGGGGGGCACGGGGAGCUGAGCUGGCACGGUGGGGGCACCGCGGGACUGGCUUUGCCGGGAGUGAAGGUGGCGAGGCAGGAGGGACUGGGACUGGCCCUGGGCUCUGGGCUCCUGCUCGCUGCCGGGGCUGGGUGGCCCAGGAUGGCACAGGGCUGCUGCACCAGGCACGGGUCCUGCCUGCUGCUGUCUGACCCUGCACAGCCCCACGACCCUGUCUGUGGGGCUGGCAUGGCCGUGGGCGUCCUGUCCUGUGUGGGGCACGGUGGGCACUGCGGGUCCUGCAUGGCCCUGCAGCACUGCUGCAGGUCCUGCAGGGCUGCAUGCCACCGCCUGUGGGUCCUGGAUGGGUUCACAACACUGGCUGUGGGUCCUGCAUGGCUCCACAGUGCUGGCUGUGGGUCCUGCAGAGCCCCGCAGCCUGGGUGUAGUGCUGCAUGGCUCUGCAGUGCUGCAUGCAAGCCCUGCAGUGCUGAUUGCAGACCCUGCGUGGCCUUGCUGUGACAAACACGGGGCCUGCGUGGCCCCACAGCAUCAUUUGUGGGUCCUGCAUGGCCCUGUGGCACUGGGUGCUGAUCCUGCAUGGCCUUGAGGUGCUGGGUGCUGGUCCUGCAUGGCCCUGCAACGUUGUUGGCAGGUCCUGCAUGGCUCUGAGGCACUGGGUGCUGACCCUGCGUGGCCCUGCAGCUCUGGGUGCUGACCCUGCGUGGCCCUGCAGCUCUGGGUGCUGACCCUGCACGGUGCUGCAGCUCUGGGUGCUGGUCCUGCACACCCCUGCAGCUCUGGGUGCUGACCCUGCACGGUGCUGCAGCUCUGGGUGCUGGUCCUGCACACCUCUGUGGCUCUGGGUGCUGACCCUGCAGAACCCCUGCAGCUCUGGGUGCUGGUCCUGCACACCCCUGCAGCUCUGGGUGCUGACCCUGCACGGUGCUGCAGCUCUGGGUGCUGGUCCUGCACGGUGCUGCAGCUCUGGGUGCUGGUCCUGCACACCUCUGUGGCUCUGGGUGCUGGUCCUGCACACCCCUGCAGCUCUGGGUGUUGGUCCUGCACACCCCUGCAGCUCUGGGUGCUGGUCCUGCACACCCCUGCAGCUCCGGUGCCGGUGCUGUGGCGGGUUCUGCAUGGCCACACGCUGGGUUUGGGGGUCCCAGGGGACCCCGGGGCCAGCCCAGCCCUGCAGCGCUUCCUGGGACCCCCUUGGCCCUGCUGCAGCUUUGGGCUGGGUCCCAGCAGGUGCUGUGUGGGGAGCAGGUUCCUGCUGGGAACAGGUGCCGGCGGCGGUGGGGACCGUGGGGAUGCCUGGGGCAAGAGUUCUGUUUUUAACGUACCCGACUCACGUCUUUUUUUAAAAAACAACCAGACAAAUUCUGUUGCACAGCCCUAGAUGAAAACUCAAAAACAACACAGAAAGGCCUAAAUUCCUUAAGAUCCGCCGAGGGAGUGGGGACAAACACGGUGCUAAAACAUUUUAUUAAAAAUAUAUAUUGUUAAAUUAAGUCUGCUGUCUGGACAAUGACUGUUUUGUUUCUCGUAGUGGAGUUUCAAAGAGCACUAUUAUUUUACUCUUAUAUAUUAUUAUUAAAAAAAAAAAACAAAAAAGAAAAAGGCAUUUUAACUUUGUACUUGAAAACUAAACGAGAGAUUUCAUGUGUUUUAGCCUAGACAUUGAAGUAGCUGACGCUUAACUAUUUGUGGGAAUCAUGUACUCAUCAUCCCGAGGAAUACGCGCGUAGAGCUGGUACCCUCCUCCUUCCUCCCUUUGGUUUGGCGCCGCCGCGGCCGCCCCGGCUGCUCUCCUCCCCUUUUCCCACCCCAAACCCCCGGUUUUAUUUUCUACUUCUCUCUCUCUCUCGGUUCGUUGCCCCCUGUUUUUUUGUUGGUUUGUUUUUUUAGGGUCGCUUCUCUAUUUAUUGCCGCUGAACUGUGCAUUUCACGGCCGGAGGUGCCGCGGGCGCCCGGCGCUGUUGUAUCUGUGUGAGUAUUGCUCGUGACAUAGCUGUUCUGAACUAAUAAAGGUCAAUGCGUGCA